AUGACGGUUCGAGGUUACGUCUCCUGCAUUUUCGCUGACCCAUACGAUGGCCCUACCGCCCCAUCCGCUGUCCUUCGGUGUGUCAGGGCCCUCCUCGACAUGGGUUGCUACGAGGUCAGCCUUGGUGACACCUUAGGGGUUGGAUCACCUGCCAAUGUGCGACAGCUCCUGCAUUAUCUGGUGGAAAACGGCAUACCUUUGGAUCAGUUGGCUGGCCAUUUCCAUGAUACGUAUGGUACCGCAGUAGCCAAUGCCUGGGAGGCGUAUCGGUGUGGCCUACGGACAUUCGACAGCAGCGUUGCAGGUCUCGGCGGAUGCCCUUUCGCCCCCGGUGCUAAGGGAAAUGUGGCCUCAGAAGACCUGAUAUACAUGUUUCAUAAUGCAGGAGUCGAGACGGGCAUAGACCUACUGAAGCUCGUCGAAACGGGAGCGUGGAUUUCGAAUCGCCUGGCUAAAGCGAACUCUAGCCGUGCAGGAACCGCGUUGGCCGUGAAGCACAGGAUUAACGCUCCUCACAGGACUUCGGCAGAGAAUGGACAGCCUCUGUCAUGGGCAAUCUUCCAAGAUACAGAGGGACUACAGCUCUAUCGAUCGGGUGCCAAUUUGAAAAUCAUCUUGAACAGACCGAAGAAUGGAAACGCUCUCACGGCCUCGAUGCUUUCUUCCCUGACGCAGACCAUCAUCGAGGCCAGCAAAGACUCAUCAAUCUCUCGAAUUGCCAUUAUGGGCAAUGGAAAAUACUUUUGCACAGGCAUGGAUCUGGGGAAGGACAGUACCCCGGUUGGCCAAGGCGGCUCCAGCAGUGAUUCACAAUUUGACCGUCUUACAAAUUUGUUCGAGGCCAUCGACCAGUCCCCAAAAGUCACCAUCGCAUGUCUCAACGGUCCGGCCUUUGGGGGAGGCGUCGGUCUAGCGUUUGCCUGUGAUAUCCGCAUUUCUACGAAGCAGACAACGGUGACUCUUAGUGAGGUGAAGCUGGGGAUCUGCGCGGCCACCAUCUCAAAAUAUGUGAUUCGUGAGUGGGGAGUCCCAUUUGCGCGCGAGGCGAUGCUUUCUGCGCGGACCAUCACGGCAGAGGAACUGAAGUCUCGGGGGCUGCUCAGCGAGAUCUCCGAGGACCAAAAUCGCCUCACUGUACUGUUGGAUCAGUUACUUUCACGCCUACGGGUUGCUUCUCCUAAUGCAUCUCGGAUGUCCAAGGAACUGGUUCGGCUGGCCUGGGCUCACAGUGGAGGAGAGAAGCAGGCCGCGGGGAUCCGGGAGCUCUUCGCUGCUAUGAUGAGGGAAGAUGCUGAUGGGGCUCAUGGGGUGAGAGAAUUCCAACGGGGAAAGAAGGUUGACUGGGAUGCGUAUAUAUUGCAGCAAUCCAAGGCCAAGCUGUAG